AUGUACAAAGUUUUGUGAUGAUAAGCUGCUGAUAGAUCCCAUGGUGCUGAAGAAGAAGCUCAAUAGGAUGGCAACAGAACCAGGGGCUUUUGCUGUCCUCAGCAGCCUGCUGCUUUACAUCACAGACCUCGCAGCCUGCGACCCACAGAUGCCAAGGAAGAAGGCAAAAUGGGCAGAAGGCAAAGGAAGCAAGGUGAUUUGUAAUCCUGAAUGCCAAAGUGCAGACAAGAGCAAGCGCCCCACAAGAUUCCAGCUUUUGCAAUCCAAGUUCAUGAAUAACAAUCAUGAACCUUACAUAAAGAAGACAAGAGAAGUUGGCAAACUAAUCAUUAAAGAAAAGCAGUGGGUAAACAGAGGCUGUCUAAAUGCCACUGUUAACAAAUUAGACAAAAAUAAGGAGAAAAAAGGAAGUGGUCAAGCACCAGAAGAGAACAAAAAGAUAAUGCCCAAUGAGAGGGUCAAGUGGAAUGGUCUGAGUGGGAAAAAUACAGUGAAAAACAUUCUGAAGAAAUUUUUAGCUGCAGGGGAGAAAGAAACUAAGGAGAAUGCUUCUGUCUGGAAAAAGAAAGAGCCAAACAGCAGUUUGCCAAAAAUAAUCAGCAGGAAUUCUGUUUUCUCCAAACUGAAGGAAAAGUUUGAACAGGAAAGUUCUGUUUGUUCAGCCACAGAGGCGAAAACAUUGCUGUUGCGCAAAGGUAAGAAAAAUACAAAGGCCCCAAGUAGAACACCUAUUCACAAACCAGAGGUCACAGUGCUCCACACUGUAACAGCCACAGUUCUAAAUAGCCCUCAGUCCCAGUAUUUAGUGUGUACGAAGGCUCCAAUGCCUAGAUUCAGUGUUGUGACUGAAAUUAGCCAUCCUUGGAGCUGGUGGACAAACAACACUGAUAGUAAUCAGCCUUUUGAUCUUGGCACUCAAAUGGGAGAAGUGAGUGACUCUGACAACAAACAUGAUAUUAAGCCUGGUAAGAAUGAAAUGCUAGAAAAUAGAGCACAAGACAGAGAGUACAAAGGACAGAUGCAAACUGUACAAUGUGUAAUGCCCAAGGUCAUGACUGACAACAAGGACAGCGCAGAGACUAAAAUAGAUUCCACAAACCAAGGACUUGGUUUUCUUCCUAAUCUAGACUGCUCUUCUACUUUCUGUAAAAAUAAAGCCCUUGCAGACAGCAUUCCUACCUUAUCUAAACCCACAUUAUCUCACAAGGGGAAGAGCACAUUAGCUGGAUUUGAUACAUCUUCAUUAGGGGAUAAUAAAGCUGCUCAAAAUGUUAGUGAAGACAAUCCAUCUACUAACUUGCCUUAUUCUGGUAUAGCUGAAGGAUCCAGUGCACACAAUCCCCAGGAUAUUAAAGAGGUUCAUAUUCCUAAAAUAACAGUGAAUGCAUGCAGUUCAAAGGAGACAGAAAUAGUUUUCUCAGAGUCAGAAAAAGAUCCUCUCUUCACAAGCCAAAAAUGUUUCCCGGAGGAGAAACUAUCGGAAAGUAUUCCAUGGUUUUGCUCCCCAGUAGUUCAGGCAUCUCAGAAUGUAAUGCCUCCAAGUGAUGACCUGCAGUUAACUGUCAAAAUACCAGUUACUGACAAAAUGCCACCGCUGAUGCCCAGGCAAGAAAAUGCAUCAGAUUUUAAAGGCAAACAUUCCAAAGCAGCUGUAAAAAGAGAGAAAUUUCACUAUAAACAGGAAAUAUUUCCUAGUUCUAGAAAAAAUGAUUGCAAAAUCACAGCUAAGCAAGAAGAGGAACCAGCCAUAAACCCAAACAGGCUGUCUGAUUGUCAAAUGCAAACUGAACAAAUAACCCAGGAAUCACAGCCACAUCAAAUGCUUAGCCAACAAAAUAACAUUGAUAAUUUCAGUACUAAUGUAUCAAAUCCGACUAUGAGUCAGACAUACCAAGUACACUUAUCAAAUGAUUCAAAGAAGGAAAAAAGUGGUAUUGUAGAAGGAAAGCAUAUCUGCUCUGAUUUUGAAAAGGACCAAGGGCCAUUGUCAAGUUAUUUAAUGAAGCACAGGUGUUAUAUUCCAGAAGAUAAUUUUGGGAAGGACCAAUUAUCCUCAUCAAAUGAAAUGGCAAGUCAGGAAAACAAUACUGCCAGAGAAAGGAGUACCUUGUGUCAUCUUGAGACUUAUCAAAUGCCAUCAAAGUAUUUCAUGAAGCAUGAAAGUGACAUUGCAGAUGAGAAUCCCUGGCCUAAUUCUGAGACAUGUCAAUCAUUCUCAUCAAAUUAUUUAACAAAGCAUGAAAACAGUACUGCAGAACAAAGAAUCUGGCAUGCUAUUGAAAAGCCCCCAAUCCCAUCAUCAAAAGAUUUGGUGAAAGAUGAAACCUAUAGUGUAGAAGAUAAGAAGGCUUGUCAUAAUUCUGGUAAGUACCAAUUACCUUCUUCAAAUGAGUCUGUGAAGCAUAAAGAUGAUAUUAUAGUAAAGAAUACUAAGUAUAAUGGUGAGAAUUACCAGACACCACCAUCAUCAAGUGAUGUCAUAAACCAUGAAAAUAAUACAGCCAAAGAGAAGAAUAUCCAUCAUGUUUUUGAGAAAAAUCAGUUACUCUCACCAAAUGAACUGGGGAAGCAUGAAAAUAAUACUGCAGAAGAGAUAAGUCCCUUGAGUAACAUAGAGAAAUCCCAAUUACCCUCAUCAAAUGCACUGGUGAAGCCUGAAAAUAAUACCGCAGUAGGGAGAAUCCCCUUGAAUAACUGGGAAAAGUACCGACUACCCUCACCAAAUGGAUCAGAGAAGCAUGAAAAUAAUACGGUGGUAAAAACAAGACCCUGGCGUAAUCUGGAGCAGGACCAACUGCCAAUUCCAAAUGAUGCUCUGAAUUAUGAAAAUGAGAAGAGAGGUGAGAACUUUGAGAAAAACCAGUUUCCUUCCUCAAAUGAAAUGGUGACACAUGAAAAUAAUAGUGCAAGUGAGAGAAAUAACUUACAUAAAUAUGAAGAGUACCAAAUGCUGUCAUCAGAUGAUGGCUUGAAGCAUGAAAAUGAUGCAAUGGUAGAGAAGAAUGCUACUGCAACAGAGAGAAAUACCUUGUGUAACUCUGAGAUGUGCCAAAUACCGACAUCAGGUGAUUUCAUAAAGCAUAAGGAUAAUAAUGCAAAAGAGAAGAAUUCUUCUAGUUUUGAGACAUGCCAAUUACCCUUAUCAAAGAAUAAAAUAAACACUCCAGGACCGAGAAAUACUUUGUGUAACAUCAAAUACCAAAUGCCAACAAGAGAUUUAGUGGAAAAUGAAUAUGACACAACAGAAGAGGAAAGCACAUGUUGUAAUACUGAGAAAUAUCAACUGUUCUCAUCUCAUGAAUCAAUGAAACAUGAAAAUAAUGCUGCAGAGGCAAGAAAUAUCCAGAGUAACUUUAAGAAUUACCAAAAGCCUUCAUCAAGAAAUAUAGGGGAGCAUGAAAGCAAAACUGUCCAAGAGAAGAGUACCAAUCAUAAUUUUGAAGAGUACCAGUUACUCUCAAGAAAUGCACCACAGAAGCAUGGAAAGAAAGCUGCAGUAGAGAGAGAUACCUUGUGUAAUCCUAAGAAGAAUCAAAAACCAUCAUCAAGUUCAUUGGUUAAGCAUGAAAAUAAUGUUACAGUAGAGAAGCAACAACAAACACCAUUGUCGGAUGAUUUUGUGAAGCAUGAAACUGAAACUGUGGAAAAGAAUAAACAUCAUAGUUCUGAGAAGUACCAGUUAACCUCAUCAAAUAAAUUGGUCAAGCAUGGAAAAAAUACCACAGUAGAGAAAAAGCAACAAAUACCAACAUCAAAUGAUUUUAGAAAGCAUGAAACUAACACUGUGAAAGAGAAGAAUAAACAUCAUAGCUCUGAGAAGUACCAAUUAACCACAUCAAAUAAAUUGGUGACACAUGGAAAAAAUACCACAAUAGAGAAGAAGCAACAAAUACCAAUAUCAAAUGAUUUUAGGAAGCAUGAAAUUAGUACUACAGAAAAGAAAAAUCCACAUCUCAAAGUUGAGAAAUACCAGGUACCCUCCUCAAGCAAACUGGAGAAGUAUGAAACUAAUAGUUCAGGAAAGAAAAAUAGUUUGUGUGACUUUGAGAAGUAUCAAGCUUCAUUGCCAAGUGAUCUCAUAAAACAUCAAAGUGAUUCAGCAUUAGAGGAGAAUACUUGGCAUAACAUCGAUAACUACCAAAAAUUACCCCUAUCCAAUGAUGUAUCCAAACAUGAUAAAAAUACUGUAGAACAGGGGAAAACCCAGCAUGGCUUUAAGAAGUACCAUAAACUAUCAUCAAAUGAUUUAGCAAAGCAUGAAAAUGUUGCUGCUGAAGGAAAGGCCAGGAGACAAGGGUCUGAUCAAACAAAUGACAGAAAAACAGAACUCCAGGACUGCGCAAGAACAGCAGCACAAGCAAAAUACAUAGCAGAAAGUUACAGUGAAGGACCCCUAAAUUCAUCUUUUAAACCAAUGAUAGUUAGAGUAAGUGAUACAUUUAAACAUCACACCUGAAAUAUCUCUACAGGUAAACUAAUUACCUCAAUUAUUUGUGUCAUCAGAUCUUUCUUUUUUCCAUCAGUGUUCAAGACAUUAAAUUAUCACUUUGUAAUUGCAUGGAUAUUGAUGUGUAUUUCUUAGGGUGCGAUUCUUUUCCCUUUCUUAAACACUGGCCAGAAGAUCACUGCAAAUAUAUCAUCAAAUUAAUCAUCAAUUUAUUAUGAGAGGGACUGAGAAAUCAUCAACAAUUUAAUCCUGCUCCAAUCUCUCCUUGAUAAAUGCUCAGUUUUGUUUGUAACUAGGGUAUUUUGAGGAUGAACUUUCCUUUGUAUUUACUCAUUCUAAUAAAACGCUGUUACUACUCCUUGUAGGAACGGCUUUAGACAAUGUCAGGCUUCGUUAGGUCAGAAAUGGCCACUUAAGUUCUAGCUUUAAAGCUGUAAAUGCAAAGGCUGAUCCUUGCUAACAUGAAUAAUUUUCAAGGGUAAUGUGCAGAAAGGUAGAUGCUUCCUUUAUCUGCAGGAAAGUCCUGAGAGGACAAUAUGUUAAAUAAUUUACUGUCGGGCGCUUAUGUUCUGUGGUAUAAAUAUUGGGAAAAUAUUGAUUGAACCUUCUGUCAAGAUAUUUACACUUUCGGGUGUGUACAAUAUUGAUAUGUGUUUGUAGAAAUAGGUUAUUUCCUCAUGCAUGUCACACUAUAGCUACUCUUGUGUUCACAAAGGGCCAUAAUGUAGCAACUACAAGUACUCACAAAGGGCCCAGUCCUGUAAGGUGCUGAGCAGGUCAAUGAAAACAGGCUGCUGAGAAUGCUGCAGGAAGGGUUCAGGACUUUGCAGGAUUGGGGUUAAAUUGCCUUUGUGGCAUAUCAGGGGCAGACAGGCCAAGGCAGGCAUUGCCAUGGAUAUUAAAGUUACUCAUUGGAAAGUCUUAUCAUGCUCGUGCUUUCCUGUCAAGUGUAGCAAGUGUUUACCAUAGUAUGAUAUGAAACUUGAUAAUAAUGAACAGCUAAUGUCACUGAAACGUGCCAGUGGAAUGUGAUGUUCAGAGUGGACAGUAAUAGCAACUUUUAUGUAAAGUUUGUGUGUCCCAGGCUUUGCUUUGGUAGAUAGGAUUGGUUUGUUAUGUUUCCUUCUUUCUGCCCAGCUGCUGAACAGAAUGUAGCUGCAAAAUGGAAUCUUGCUGUUAAUGCCACAUAACACCCUGUGGUAGAUUGGCAGAAUGCUCCUCUAUGACUCCAGCCAAGAGAAUGAUGACAUGAGCAGACUGGCAGCAUGCUAAAUUCAAAUCCCUUUGAUGACAGUGUGAAGAGCACAGAUACACAGACGACAGCUGGGCUGGGCAGGCAGGGGACACUGCUUUGAGAGGUGACAUGGAACACAGUGUUCCCUUCCUGAUAGCUAAAGAAGGUGAUAUUUCAAAUUUUUCCUUGAAGACAUCGCAUUAGCCUUCCUGGUAGCAAGAAGCUCAUGGAGUGAAAUCUUCCCCUUCCCAUGCAGAGGGCCAGAUAAAAGAACUGUGCCCCCCUUAAAGCCACAAAAUUGGGAGUAAGUAGAAUUUAUGGGUUGUAUAAUACUGGACCUCUGCACAGGGGAGAAUUCCAUUCAUGGAGACUUUUUGAGCCAGCAGCCAUUGAGGCUUCUUAGAACUGAACUAAGCAUGAUUGAUAUUAUUAUUCAGUAUUACAUGACCUAGUUGGAAAGUGCACUGUAACAUAAAAAAAAUCAAUAUCAAACUAGAAUAGCAAGUUCUCUGUUUGCCUGCUCUCUAGCUGGGGUCUAAAAAUUGCAGAUAUAUCUGGCUGAAGUGGGGAUUUUUUUUUUAAUAAAAAAUGAGUGUUUAUUUUUUGUAAUAAAAACCUGCAGUUCAUAUGGUUGGAAAAAUCACCAACCAGAAUUAGGGAGCUUUUACUAGCUGCCUGGAAAUUGAUAAAGUGUUACUUGGGCAAUGCACAGGGAAUUUUAUCUAUGUGUACCAGGAAGCCCAACCCCUCUCUGUGUGUAUCCUACAUGUCUGCUUCUCUUGUUGCUGCCGAAGCACUACACAGUAUUCUGGAACACUUUCCUUUCAGUACAAGUCAGAUAUUAGUGAGGUAGAUAAUUUUUAGGGGGUGAUUUUUGCAUUUCUGUAUGCCUCAAUGUAUAUGGGCUAGAAAAGUGAUAAAUCCAUUAGCAUCAAUUGAUCAUCUGCCAUAGGAACUGGAACUAGGAGUGUUGCAUCCCCUGGCUUGAAGUGGUUUCCAUUAUAUAUAGGGUUUCCAGUUUAAUUCAAUGGCUUUUGGCACCCCUGCUACAAAAAUUGUUCCAGCAUCCUUGUCAUCUACCACAAGCAACCUUAAAACACUGGAGACACUUGCACCAACUGCAAACUAAUGUGUGAUGGCCCAGUAAAGUAAACCACAUCUUUUAGUAUCAAUAAUUAUUAAGGAAAUGUCAAAACAGCCUAGGUAUUUAACAAAAACGACAUAUAAGCCGGGCAGGGGGAGGGAGGUUGUAUCACUGUCCUGGGAAGGGAAGUGAACACCAAAACCUACUCCCCUUAAGGCCCUUGGCUCAGGGCACCAUUUAUUGUUUGAACACAAAAGACAUAAAAUAAAGCAACUUUUAGUUGCUGGCUACAAGCCCAGAGGUUUUUUCCCUUGUUGCCUCCAGCCAUGUGGUAGGCAGGGAUCCCUUAACCCUUUUUUGAAUUGCUGCUCACCUUGCCCAAACAAGUAAUUAUUUUUUUUGCUAUUUUUGUUAGCACAUCUGAUGUUUACUUUUCUAUAUUUGAAUUAUUAAUGUAAUCAUAUGCAGUACUGCUACUGUAAAAUGUUAUUGUUUUAUAUUCUACUAUAGUUCACUAGGGCUGGGAUUUUGAAAGGGCAUAAGGGAAUUAGAUAUUCACCUAAGGGAAUGAAGGACUCAGAUCUCAUUGAUUUAAAUGGAAUUUAGGUGUCAGAUUCCCUUAUGCUGCUUUUGAAAAUCCCAACUUAGACCUAAAUACACAAAACCACAACCUUCUUGCAAAUGAAAAGAAAGAAGAGUGCAAAGGGUUUCUGCAAAGCAAUUCCUGCAUAUGUGUUACAAUUUAGAAUUUCCAAUGUUAAUAGUGUCUUCCUCAUUUGUAUAUGCAGUUAUUUUUGUUAGGACCCCAAGCAAACAUGAUGACAUUUUUUUCAUGCGCCGGUGCAUUUUGCAUUGAUUUGAGUUUUUGUAACUUUGCUUUAAUUGAACACUGAGGGUCAUGAAAAAGAAGGCAGUCAAGAAGCAUGACUUUAAACUAGAGGUUGGGGCUCUUGGAGUAAAAGAAUUAGGCUUUAGAGGAGGACUGGAAUACCAUACAAGAAGAUCUGGACGACCUUGAAAACUGGAGUAUUAGGAAUGGGAUUAAAUUAAACAGUGUAAAGUGCAAGGUCAUGCAUUUAGGGACUAACAACAAGAAUUUUUGCUAUAAGCUGGGGACUUAGUUGGAAGUGACAGAGGAUGAGAAAGACUUGGGUGUAUUGGUUGAUCGCAGGAUAACUAUGAGCCACCAGUGAGAUGCGAUUGCAAAAAAGGUUAAUGCAGCCCUAGGCAUAGGUGCUGCUACACAGGGCCCGCCCAGAGGAUUCAGGGGCUCUAGGGUCUUCAGCAGUGGGGGUCCUUCCGCUC